AACUAUGGUCUGGAUUCUAGAUUUCCUUACUAAGAUUGGUUUUGGGUAGAGAUUCCAUGGCAGAAGAAGAGCAAGUAUCUCAGGACAUGCAGUCCUUGAUGUCGGUGAAUUCGGAGGCUCAAGAUUCAUCAAGCAGUUCGAAUCAAAGGACUGGGAUGACGUUAGAGGAGAGAUUUCAGAUUAUAAGGAGUAUUGGAGAAGAAUGUAUACAAGAGGAUGAGUUGUUGAAUCUGCUUGCCAAGAAGCCAGGAAUUAUUUGCUAUGAUGGCUUUGAACCUUCUGGGAGAAUGCACAUUGCUCAGGGAGUUAUGAAGGCAAUAAAUGUGAACAAACUAACAUCUGCUGGAUGCAAAGUAAAGAUAUGGGUUGCAGAUUGGUUUGCACAGCUAAACAACAAAAUGGGGGGUGACUUGAAGAAAAUUAGAACUGUUGGAGAGUACUUGAUUGAGAUAUGGAAAUCCGUGGGAAUGGAUCUCGAAGGAGACAAGGUGGAAUUUUUGUGGUCUUCAAAAGAAAUUAAUGCUCGGGCAGAUGAGUACUGGCCUCUUGUAAUGGAUAUAGCUCGGAGGAACAAGCUUCCAAGGAUAAUAAGGUGUUCUCAAAUUAUGGGUCGCAAUGAGCAGGAUGAAUUGACAGCUGCACAGAUUUUCUAUCCAUGCAUGCAGUGUGCUGACAUAUUCUUCCUGAAGGCUGACAUCUGCCAGCUGGGCAUGGAUCAGCGGAAGGUAAACAUGCUUGCCAGAGAAUAUUGUGAUGACAUCAAGAGGAAGAACAAGCCAAUCAUCUUGUCACACCACAUGCUACCUGGUUUGCAUCAAGGGCAAGAGAAGAUGUCCAAAAGCGAUCCAUCAUCUUCCAUCUUCAUGGAGGAUGAAGUGGCAGAAGUCAAUCUGAAGAUAAAAAAGGCUUACUGCCCUCCGAUGGUCGUUGAAGGGAAUCCUUGUUUAGAGUACAUUAAGUACAUAAUCUUGCCAUGGUUUAAUGAGUUUCAAAUAGAGCGGGACGCAGCAAAUGGUGGGAGCAAGACCUUCAAGAGCUUUGAAGAAAUUGCUGCUGACUAUGAGAAAGGAGAACUACAUCCAGCAGACCUCAAACCUGCUCUAUCAAAGGCUUUAAAUAAGAUUUUGCAGCCUGUGAGAGAUCACUUUGCAAAUGAUGCUACUGCCAGGGAUCUACUGAAAAAGGUUAAGGCUUACAGAGUUAGCAGGUGAUGCAGUAGACAGUCAAGAUACUUGUUUGGUUUGUUGCUCCGAACUCAAAACUUGAUUUAACCAGUUGAACUGGAGUUAUAUUUUUGAAAAAAGAAAAACUUGAGAUAUUAACAAUAAAUUUACGAGCCAGGUAUAUUCUAGAUAAAUGAAAAGGGGGAUUUGAAAUACAGGUUUUAUUUAAAGAGUGAGUCUAGAUUCUUGGUUGUAACUUGGCUUGAUUUGCUCAAACAUAUUUGGUUUGCCUGAAAAACUUUAGCUGUUUAUCUUUUCCCAAACAGGGAGAGGACAAAAGUUGUAACCAUUGCUGUGUUUGGUAUGUAUGUAUUCUUAGAAUAGAUUCUGGGUCUAGAACGCAUUACCUGAUUCAUCUCCA